UAAUAUACCAUUUGAUUCAUUUUAAUCAAAUCUAAUUUUCUUUAACAUAACCUUUUGUUACCCUCCUGUAUAAAUCCUAUUAUAUUAGCGAUCUGAUGAAAGGGCCCGUAUGGGACUAGCGUAUCUCCGAACUCACAAACAUUUAGACCCAAUAGCAAUAGAAAUUGUUAGGGUUUUCCGGUUUUACGACAUCACACGCACGUUACGUUACCGUUAAUCACAUUGCUCGAUUACCACACUACCACAUUCCAUACUUUUACCCUCAUACAACAGCUGACUUACAUACGGUAGCGUCCCGAGCACACACGCGCGCACCGCACGUAACACACCUCAACUGCUCCCUAUACCAAUAAUGUUUGCUUGAAACAGCCAACUAGGUCAAAUCAAUUGAAUAAUUCUGUAAACGAGGAGGAAUAAAAAAUGCAACAACAUUCUGCGUCGGGCAGAAAGCAAGAAGUUCCGUCAGCAUUCAAAUCAAAUUACACAUCAACUGUUCCCUAUAUUAAUGAUGUUUGCUUGAAACAGCCGACUACAUCAAAUCAAUUGAAUAAUUCUGUAAACGAAGAAGAAUCGAAAAUGCAACAACAUUCGUCGAAUUAUACAGAAAAGAAGGAAAGAGAAUUUUGGAAAAGUGAUGAUAAUAUUUUGGAAAAAAUUGAUGACAUACCAUACGCGGAUGAACGUUGCGAUGAAAGCGAAGUAAUGGAAAGUGAAAUUUUCGCGAUUAACAAUAAAAUGAAAGAAUCGUUUGGUAAGAAGGGAAAUAAAUUGGAAAGAAUGGCAAGUAGAGCUUCUUUUAUAAUCGAGUCAAGCAUUUGGGUUGAAAGGCUGGAAAGCUCGAGAACAAACUCCCCUGAUCGUUUAACGAAAAAACAAGCUACGGUUAUUCCAAGGGAAUCAACAUUUAAGAGUGUAAGAAGAUGGAAAAAGCAUGACGGUCCAUUAAAAAUGAGUAACAAAGAUAGAAAGCUGUUGAAAAUGAUUCUUGUGAUAUUUUCAUCGUUUCUCAUCUGUUAUUUACCGAUCACUAUUACGAAAACCUUUAAAGAUGCUGUCGAUUGGAGAGAAUUAAAUAUAGCUGGCUAUAUAUUAAUUUAUUUAACCACUUGUAUAAAUCCUGUUGUUUACGUGGUAAUGAGCUCCGAGUACAGAAGUGCUUAUAAAAAUGUGUUAUUUUGCAGAAAUGAAGUUAGGAAAGAGGCUCGAAAAUCGUUGGAAUAAAAAAAGACAGCUGCCUUUUCAUUUUAUUUCAACUACUAUGUGCAUAUGUAUGGUAUGUCCCUACGUAUAUCAUUUAAUUAAUAUAGGUAAGUAUGAUGAAAUAGUAUUUAUGCUACCAGAUCAAUUCAUGUAAUUGCUUUGAAUUUCGUUAAUAUUAAAUAAUUAGGAUUUGAAUCGGCACAUUCCAUAACUGAAGCUAUUGGUAAUUUCAUGUAUGUAUUUAGAGAAAUAUGUAUACACAGCUGAUAAGCGCACAAUAUUUUGUUAACUUAACAGAUUUCAUAAAGAAUGUGAUCUGAAUGUAACGUUGAGAAUGUUGAAAAUAUAGAAUAUAUUACUCAUUUCUAAUUACAAACUAAUUUAUAAGUUAAUUACAUAUUAUUUUGUAAUAAUCCUUAAAAACAUGAAUAACAAGACGCGUUUAAAUAAAAUGUUAUUUAACAGUAACGACGACAAUGACAAUAACGACAAUAACGAUAAUACCAAUAGCAAUAACAGAAAACACUAUAUACAAACUAGUAAAAUUGUUUACAAAAUAAGCGAAAAAUUACUUAUCAUUAGAUAGUAAAGAGAACUGAAAAAAAAAGAAAACUGUAUAUACGUAAUUUACAAACUGCUUUUAACAAUCUAUUUCAAUAUUCUGUGAUCCCAAUUAAAUAAAUUUCAACA